AGCCUGCUGCUGGUUGGGCUGGGAGAGCCGUGCGUUAUAAGCACCACGCUUCUCCUGCCCUCUCGCACACCGCCCAGCCCGGCUGAGAGCAGCAGAUUGAGGUUCCACCAUGAAACAUCUGAUGGUUCUUCUGGGGCUGGGAGCCCUCGCCAUCUCCUGCAGAAGCCAAGAUGUGAGUCCUGGAGGCAGCCCACAGGAUCCUGAACCCGACCACGCGAGGGACGCCGAGGAGGAGGACCCUUUCUACAGGAGUCCUGUGAACAAGCUGGCAGCUGCCAUCUCAAACUUUGGCUACGACCUGUUCCGUCAGCACUCGAGCCGGACCCCCACGGCCAACGUCCUGCUCUCCCCCUUCAGCAUCGCCACAGCCCUCUCAGGCCUCUCGCUCGGUGCGGGCGAGCGGACAGAAGACGUGAUUUCACGUGCCCUUUUCUACGACACGCUCAACAAGGCUAACCUCCACGACACCUACAAGGAGCUCCUGAGCAGCAUCACCGCACCCAGCAAGGGCCUGAAAAGCGCUUCUCGCCUUGUUAUGGAGAGAAAGCUGAGAAUGAAGAUCGGGUUUGUGAACGAGCUGGACAAAUUCUACGGAUUCCGCCCCCGACUGCUAAGCGGAAACGCCCGAGUGGAUCUGCAAGAGAUCAACCAGUGGGUGCAGCAGCGGACCGGUGGGAAAGUCACCAGAUUCCUAGGAGAGGUUCCUGCCGGGAUCAGCGUCCUCCUUCUCGGGGCAGCCUAUUUCAAAGGACAGUGGGCGACCGGAUUUGACACCAAGCUGACUAAGCCGCGAGACUUCCACCUGGAUCAAGACAGGACCGUCAAGGUGCCCAUGAUGUCAGCCCCCACAGCAGUCCUGAAAUACGGCUUCGACUCCGAGCUCAACUGCAAGAUCGCCCAGCUGCCCUUGGCAGGAGGCAUCAGCAUCAUGUUCUUCCUGCCUGAAAGCGUGACCCAAAACAUGACCCUGAUCGAGGAGAGCCUCACCUCAGAGUUUGUCCGCGACAUAGACAAGCAGCUGAAGACCGUCCACGCUGCGCUGACUGUGCCCCGGCUCAGGCUGGCAGCCGACAUGAGGCUGGCAGAGGCUCUUCGGGAAACACGGCUCCAGGCGCUCUUCUCAACACCUGACUUUAGCAAGAUUGCUCUUAAAGCCAUCAAGCUUUCCCACGCACAUCACAAGGUAGCUUUCGAUCUGAGCGAAGACGGGACAAGCUCAGCGUUCACCUCCGACACGGAGGCCGCGCGGCUGAACUUCCCCAUCAACUACGCCCUCGUCCAACCGUUCUUGUUUGUGCUCCAAGACAAUGACACCGGCACCCUCCUCUUCAUUGGGAAAGUCCUCGACCCUCAGCAGGCUUAGAGCUCCCCCGGAGACCCCGGAAGCAGGGGGGCUCCUUGACUGUGUCCGCAGCUGGUUUUGCUUACGUGGUCCAAUAAAAGUGCUUCUACUUUAAA